AUGAACGCCAUCCACCAGACCUUUGCGCCGCCCCCUCAUCUGCUCAACAACCGUCUCUCUCCCUCUCGCAACAUUCUCUCCGCCUCCACUGCCAUGGCUUCUCGGAAGCGCAAGGCCGACGACGACGCAAGCCCCGGAGACGAAGAUCGUAUGUCAGCCUCCCCCUCUGGAUCUCCCGCUGUCCCAGCACGCCCACUGCACCGACCGUCCACGAAACGGAUGCGGACGAAUGUCACCGGCCGUCCCUUGUCGCUCCCACGCCUUCUCGAAACUCUGAGUGCCGACGACAUGCGCAGCCUCUUACAAUCCGUCUGCGAUCGCCAUCCAGACAUCGGGAACGAGAUUGCCACCUCUGCACCGCGGCCCAGCGUCCAGUCCACUCUGGAGGUCUUGGGUAGAUAUGAGUCAAACUUCCAGGCUGCAUUUCCCCUUGGUCGGACCACGUCGGAUUAUGCGUACAACCGUGUGCGCCAGCAUUUCAUCGAGCUGCUCGAUGCUUUGAGAGACUUCACCCCCCAUUUCCUUCCGCCAAACGAACAGCAGUCAGCCACCUCCCUGACCUUCCUGGACGGAGCAACCGAACUGAUCCACCGUCUGCCUGAUUGGGAUAACUUCCAACACAAUAGACACAAACACGAUGCAUACGAGGAGAUAGCGAAGGCGUGGGCGGUCGUUAUACGGGAGGCAGCGAAAAAAGCCGGUGGGAUGCAACUUCUAUACGGUGGUUGGGACCAGAAACUUGCAAAACACAACGAGGUCUCGGGCGGCAAAAUGCAGCAGGCUGUGAAUGAGUUACGUGGGAGCCUUGGAUGGAUGGGCGGCGAGACAACCCCUAACCCUACUGGGGGUACUUUGGAUACCAUGUCCAUUCGUCAGCAGCUGCUGAAUGGGACUUACGGUAUGGGCUCAUCAGUGCGUGUCGGGCCCUGGUGAGACGUCGGAUUGCUUUUAUACGAAGCGAGAGCGGACGCUGUCGACGUUUCUCUCCUAAUGUGCCCCUGGACAACGACGUCGGUUUUCUCUGCAUAGCGCGCCUCUCGGCCUCCCUUUCGUUCACAGCAUCACUGGUCAUCAUUUCAUUGGCGUUGGUGGAGUUGGCGGUGUGGGUUCCAGUACCCCUCCCUUGGUGCUAACCAUGUUGGUGCCACAUGCUUCCCUUGACUUUGGCACGGCAGGGGUAUAUUCUCACUGGCGCUUUGGUAUAUCAUCUUCUCGGUACGGUCGGGUACCAUUG